UACCAUUUGCUUGAUUUGGCCAAAUGGAGGGAAAUUCUGUCCCCAAGGAUAUAAAAGAAAUCCCCAGGUCUGGACCAGACAUAUUCUCUCCAGUUUUUCUUUCUGUUCAUCAGAGUGGACUGACAGAAUAGCUUGCAGGCAUCAGCUCCUGACUAAAAUUCUGAAGGCCUUAAAAAAUGAAGUUGGUACUGGCAGGACUGGUUCUGGUUCUGGUGGCAGGAGCCCAGGCCCAGUGGUACAAGUUCCCCGGACAAGCCAUCCAGGGUUCGCGUGACAUGUGGCGAGCUUAUUCAGACAUGAGGGAGGCUAACUGGAAGAACUCUGACAAAUACUUCCACGCUCGGGGCAACUAUGACGCUGCCAGCAGGGGACCUGGGGGGAGGUGGGCAGCUGGAGUCAUCAGCAAUGCCCGUGAGAUGAUGCCGGGAUCCAGUGGGCGUGGGAAGGAAGACUCAGAAGCAGACCAGAAGGCCAAUCGCUGGGGACGAAACGGAGGAGACCCAAACGUCUACAGGCCUAGAGGACUCCCCAACAAGUACAUGAAGUUGGUACUGGCAGGACUGGUUCUGGUUCUGGUGGCAGGAGCCCAGGCCCAGUGGUACAAGUUCCCCGGACAAGCCAUCCAGGGUUCGCGUGACAUGUGGCGAGCUUAUUCAGACAUGAAGGAGGCUGAGGUACCGCACGCUGACAAAUACUUCCACGCUCGAGGCAACUAUGACGCUGCCAACAGGGGACCUGGGGGGAGGUGGGCAGCUGCAGUCAUCAGCAAUGGCCGUGAGAUGGUACAGGGAUCCAGUGGGCGUGGGAAGGAAGACUCAGAAGCAGACCAGGAGGCCAAUCGCUGGGGACGAAAUGGGGGAGACCCAAACGUCUACAGACCUAAAGGACUCCCCAGCAAGUACUGAGCCCCACAGAAUUUUACAUUUGCUAAAAUAGCCUGUGCUUUGCUCUGCAUGAACGGAUCUGGACACAUUUUCAUGAGAAGAAUAACAUUUUCACCAGACUAAAAAUGCACAUUGCAUAUAUGUAUCAAUCCUGCUGCCUAUUCAUUUCCUUAUCAAGCCUUUAAUAUAUCAUGAGAAACAGUGAUGGACAGAGCCUUGUAAUACCUUUUGUGCCUCGUGUUAAAAUUAAAAGCAAACAAACAAAUAAAUAUGCUCUGAAAUGACUAGUCUCA